UCCAAUGGCGAUUCCCGUCACGACGUUUCGCGUCCGCAGCUUCUGUGUUUUCUUCUUCCACUGCUGGAGCUCUACCUGCCGGAUGAAGUGCAGCUGUCCUUCAGAAAUAGCCUCUUUUGUCGGGUCUAUCCUGGUCGCAACGGGGGUACCGACGUGCUCCUUCGGCGUCUUGUCGGCCAUGUUUGCAGCGAGUGAAGUAAUAACACAUUGACGGUGCACCGGCUAAAUGGAGCCCCCACCGGCAGCUUUAAAGUUCCUACCAGGAGACGUUGAAAACCGUGGAAACACCGCCAUCUUCUGGAAGGAUACAAGCUUAUACUUGACAAACACAAACUUGCUUUUCUGUAAAUAUAUUUUUUCUGCUAAAAUGGCGAAAAGUUUCUUUAGUACGCCAAGCCAAAGUUUAAGUUUCAAGUUUCGAGAAGCUUCCUUUGACCUACUCACAGAUUUUCUCGUUGAUCUCAACGACAGAAACAAAGACAACCUCAACAGUUUAUCAAAAUGUAGUGGAGUGUUCAAAGAUACAAAACUAAUGGAAUACAUCUUCCUGAUAACACAAGACCUCGGUCUCGAUCCGCUGGCCGGAUACCAUGCCAUCGAAUUCCUUCAAAGGUUCAUGGUCAAGCACCUUACGGAUUUGUUGACCACGCCCACACUUGAAGGUGCAGCUGCUGAUCGACCAGGAAGUCAUGAGGAAGCUGUGUUGGCCAAGCUCAAAGACAAAUUCCCCCUCAUAGUCUUCUCCUGCGUGCAACUUGCAAGCAAACUGUCUUUGCACAGUCACAUAAUCGACAACAAUACAGCUGUGCGCUUUCUGCAGUCAGUCGGCCACAGAGUUUCCAAGCAGACUCUCCUGGAAUCAGAGCUGAUGGUCUUAAAGGGGCUUGAGUUCAGACUAAAUGCUCCCAACCCGCUGACAUAUGUGGAAAUCCUUCUGGAGGUGCUGGGACAUAACGAGCCAUCCAUCCCCGUGGAGCGCCUGCACCAACUGUGCCACCUUGUCCUCCAGUUCGUCAGCCUGCAGAGGGCCGCCAUCUACGACUCCUUGUUAGUGACGACCACUCGGUGUGUCAGCCCAUCCGCAGAACACAGAGAGAGGUUUGUGACAGUGACUGAGGACUGCAUGCUUGUUGGUGUCGGUGUCAUCGCUGUGGCUACAUUCAUCCUCUACGUCAGAAACUGGGAACAGGUAGUUGGAGAGCUGAGCCACAUCACAGGAAUCUCAAGGAGGAGCAUCAGUGAUUUCACUCAUGUGACUUUGAUGCACAUUGUUGGAACCAGUUCCUCUGUCACAUCAACUCGAGUCUAG